AUGGCCACUCAAUUCCCCACCAAGAAGUGCGGCGUCCUCGGCGCAACAGGCUCUGUCGGCCAGCGCUUCAUUCUGCUUCUUCAGAACCACCCCUCCUUCGUCCUCCAUGCCGUCGGCGCCUCUGCCCGCUCGGCCGGCAAGCCCUACCGCGAGGCCGUCCGCUGGAAACAGGCCACGCCCAUGACCAAGCGCAUCGGCGACCUGGUUGUGCGCGAGUGCACGGCUGCUGCGUUUGCCGACUGCGACGUCGUCUUCAGCGGCCUCGACUCGGACGUCGCUGGCGAGAUCGAGACCGCCUUCUUCGCCGCCAACAUCCCCGUCUUCUCCAACGCCAAGAACCACCGCCGCGAUCCCCUCGUCCCGCUCGUCGUGCCGACCGUCAACCUCGACCACCUUGCCCUCAUCCCCCAUCAGCGGAAAGCCCACCCCACGGCCACCUCGCUGGCCACCGCCCCCAUCGACCGCGGCUUCCUGGUCUGCAACAGCAAUUGCGCCGUCAUCGGCCUGGUCAUCCCCUUUGCCGCCAUGGUCGCUGCGUUUGGCCCCAUUGACGCCGUGUCCGUCGUCACCAUGCAGGCCGUCUCGGGCGCCGGCUACCCAGGCGUCAGCAGCAUGGACAUUCUGGACAACGUCGUGCCCUUCAUUGCCGGCGAGGAAGACAAGCUCGAGACCGAGGCCCGCAAGAUCCUGGGCUCGCUCAACGCCGAGGGCACGGGCUUCACCGAGCGCAACGAGCUGCGCGUCUCGGCUGCCUGCAACCGCGUCCCCGUUCUCGACGGCCACACCGCCUGUGUGUCGCUGCGCUUCGUGAAGCGCCCGCCGCCGUCGGCCGACCAGGUCCGCGAGGCCCUGCGUGCCUACAAGACCGAGGCCGAGGCCCUGGGCUGCCCGAGUGCGCCGAGUCCGGCCAUUGUGGUCAUGGAUGAGCCCGACCGCCCGCAGCCGCGCCUGGACCGCGACCUGGCUGGCGGCUAUGCUGUGUCCGUGGGCCGUGUGCGUGAGGACGAGUCGGGCAUAUUCGACAUCAAAUACGUGGCGCUGAGCCACAACACUGUCAUUGGUGCCGCUGGCUCGUCCAUCUUGAACGCUGAAGCCGCCGUCCUCAAGGGUUACAUCUAA